AUGCGCUGCGAACACCUGGCAGAGGCCCUGGUCUGCAAAAUCUUCAACGCACACCACCUGCAGAGCUUCAUCAGCAUUCCGAGGGAGAGUGGGGAGAUUGAGGCCAGAUUGGACCAUUCAGAACCACCUGCUGCACUCAGACAUGAUGAGUCAUCUAUCUACGGAGGUGAGGCCACUGAGGCAGUUAAAAAACUCCUUGGUGGCAGAGCUCCUGGGGUGGAUGAAGUUCGCACAGAGUUCCUGAAGGCUCUGGAUUUGCUGGAGGAGAACAUCAUCACUUUUGUAAAGAACGAGUUGAAAAAGAUCCAGAAGGUUGUGUGCCCAGAUUACCACCAAUGUUUGGAGAAGCAGAGAGAGAUGGAGGGUGAAGAAGAAGAAGAACAGACGAGGAAGAACAGCAGAGAGGCACUUCUGAAGAUCACACUGGACUUCCUAAGGGUGAUGAAGCAGGAAGAGCUUGCUGAGCAUCUCAUCCAGUUCAUAUUUCCAUUCACUUUCAGAGAGCUGAAUUUGCUGAAAAAGGAAAAGUUCAGCUUGGUGGAACUUGUUCAUCACUUCUUUACUGAAACUAAAAAAGCAGGACUCCGCAGCUUUGAAGACUACCGGGUUGUGUUUAUCUUUGAUGGUCUGGAUGAGUGUCGCCUUCCUCUGGACUUCCACAAAACUACAAUCCUAACUGACCCUAGAAAGUCCACCUCAGUGGAUGUGCUGCUGAUAAACCUCAUCAGGGGGAAACUGCUUCCCUCUGCUCGCCUCUGGAUAACCACACGACCUGCAGCAGCCAGUCAGAUCCCUCCUGAUUGUGUUGGCAUGGUGACAGAGGUCAGAGGGUUCACUGACCCACAGAAGGAGGAGUACUUCAGGAAGAGAUUCAGAGAUGAGGAGCAGGCCAGCAGGAUCAUCUCCCACAUCAAGACAUCACGAAGCCUCCACAUCAUGUGCCACAUCCCAGUCUUCUGCUGGAUCACUGCUACAGUUGUAGAGGAUGUGUUGAAAACUGCGGAGAGAGGAGAGCUGCCCAUGACCUUGACUGAGAUGUACAUCCACUUCCUGGUGGUUCAGGCCAAAGUGAAGAAGGUCAAGUAUGAUGGAGGAGCUGAGACAGAUCCACACUGGAGUUCAGAGAGCAGGGAGAUGAUUGAGUAUCUGGGAAAACUGGCUUUUGAUCAGCUGCAGAAAGGAAACCUGAUCUUCUAUGAAUCAGACCUGACAGAGUGUGGCAUCGAUAUCAGAGCAGCCUCAGUGUACUCAGGAGUGUUCACACAGAUCUUUAAAGAGGAGAGAGGACUGUACCAGGACAAGGUGUUCUGCUUCAUCCAUCUGAGUGUUCAGGAGUUUCUGGCUGCUCUUCAUGUCCAUCUGACCUUCAUCAACUCUGGAGUCAAUCUGCUGGAAGAAAAUCAAACUGUUACCCAGAAGUCUAAAUCACUUGAAAAGAACUUAAACAACUUAAAACAUCUCCACCAGAGUGCUGUGAACAAGGCCUUACAGAGUCCAAAUGGACACCUGGACUUGUUCCUACGCUUCCUCCUCGGUUUUUCAAUGCAGACAAAUCAAGCUCUCCUACAAGACCUACUGACACAGAUAGGAAGUAGCUCACAUAAAAACAAGAAAACAAUCCAGUACAUCAAGAAGAAGCUCAGUGAGAAUCUAUCUGCAGAGAAAAGCAUCAAUCUGCUCCACUGUUUGAAUGAACUAAAUGAUCGUUCUCUAGUGGAGGAGAUCCAACAGUCCCUGAGUUCAGGAAGUCUCUCCACAGAUAAACUGUCUUCUGCUCAGUGGUCAGCUCUGGUCUUCAUCUUACUGUCAUCAGAAGAAGAUCUGGAUGUGUUUGACCUGAAGAAAUACUCUGCUUCAGAGGAGGCUCUUCUGAAAUUUCUUACAGUGGUCAAAGCCUCCAACAAAGCUCUGUAA